GAAUGCAUGGGAUUUGCACAACGAUGAAUGGUUCAAUAUGCCCGAGCCACCUCAACUACCAGAUCGGCCCUCUCCAGACAAGAUUGCAUCCAAAUCUUACCGUUACUUACCCCUCCUCAUGUGUUCUCUUCCCCUCUUUCUUUAUUCCCCCUCUCUGAUUUGCUGUGCCACUGUGCAAGGUUCUGCCUUCCCCCCCCUUACGACACGGUGAGGACAGACGGUGUCGACCUUCUAUGGUACUCUUACCGCCACACCGUGGACGAGGAUCGUGAUUCAUUCAAGCAUGGCACAGGGCAUCUAGAGAAGAUACACACACACACGCACGCACGCACGCACACGAUGACUUUGUGCCGCCUUCCAACACUUGUUGAGAUCUAGCUGGUCUGCCAUGGACCGAAGAAGUCUCUGGUGACAUUUAGAUAUCCUCGCGAAGAGGUCAUAUGGCUCUUCAGGAUCCCCUUCAGGUAUCUUCUCUUUCCCAUCCUUUCACAUAUUCAUUGGGCUAGAAGGCUAGAGCCCGACAUGGCUUGGUUAGACCAUCUUUUGCCCUCCCGCUGCCCUUGUGGCUCCACAACUCUUACGGCAAUGCAAGAGUCAUCCAUCAGCCCGUUCCAGGCCUCUCCUCUUGGGAGGGUUUUUUCUUUUGCCUAUCUCUCUCAAUCCUUACCCCGGCUGAUUUUCGCUUUCUGUAUGCGUACGACCCUUGAUCUCACAGACUUGACCAUUUCUGUUUUGUUUUCCAUUUAUUUAUCUACUUAUUUACACAUAUAAAUCAAGCAAGUGAUUGUGACUG